AUGCAAAAUCUAAAUACAUCAAUUGUUGGAGGAGAGGAAGGAAUUCACCAACAAAAACUUCCUUUUUUUCAACAAGCUUCCGAGCCAACUCCUCUUUUAUCUUCACAAAAUUGGAAUGAAAAUAUAAAUAUUUGUCAAAAUUCUCAACUUUUUCAGAAACAAGAAUUUAAUCAAUUUUAUGGAAUUGUGCCCUUCACCGAUAUUUCAACAGAUUUUCUUCAACAAAAUCAACAAAUUUAUGAAGAACAUAAAAUCCAAACACAAAAUAAUUCUGUUCUACUCGAUUUACAAACAAAUUCUUUAUCAGAUCAAUUCUCCUCUUACAGUAAUAUGAUUGGGGAAAAUGACAAUUAUUUAACACAACAAUUAAAUAGUAUACAAUCAACACAACAAAGUAAAAAUUGUUUAUAUCUAAAAAUCUUUAUCCUUUGUUACCUUAUUUUUGAUUAUUUAAUCUCCUAA